UUGCGAGAUCCGUGAUAGUCUUACUCUCAACUCCAAGAACGAAAUGCCGAAAGAUAAACCAACCAAGCGCGAAAGCGCAUCAGGCGGUCGCAUUAGCGACCCCCGGUUUGCAAGUUUCGAAACUGAUCCACGCUACCAACUCCCAUCCAAGAAAACGCUCAAGACCAAACUCGACAAGCGUUUCUCUCGCGUGCUGAAGGAUGCCGACUUCGUCGCCACAGCAAAGGUCGACCGGUACGGCCGGAAGCUGAAAACAGACGCCAAAAAGAAAGCAUUGCAACGGUUGUACGAGGACGAGGAUGAGGACGAGGACGAAGAGGAGGAGGCCCAGCAGAUCGAAGGGGACAUCGAGGUGGAGGAUGACGAUAUUGUCCGUCGAGAACUGGAAAAGGCGGAUGCAAAAUAUGACCCGGCUCGAGGCGGGGGAUUCUCCUCAUCAGAAUCGGAGUCAGACUCAGAUUCAACAUCCGAAUCAGAAUCAGAAAAGGAGCCGAGAGACGAGGAGGAGGCGGAGGAGUCUCGACCCGGCAUUCGACUUCGCAGAGAAAAGCAGGAGGUCGAGCUUGGCGAGGUUACCAACAGGUUUGCGGUGGUCAACAUAGAUUGGGACCAUAUCAAAUCAGUCGACCUAUUGGCGCUAUUUUCGAGCUUUGUUCCGGUUGGCGGCCGUAUCGAAAAGGUGUCCAUCUAUCCCAGCGAGUUCGGCAAGGAGAGGAUGCAACGCGAGGAGCUGGAGGGUCCCCCAAGAGAGAUCUUCAAGAAGGGCAAGGACUCGGAUGAGGAAGACGAGGGAGACGACUCUACAUCCGAGAGCGAGGAUGAGGAGGAUGCUGGGGAAGACUCCGACGAGGAGGUUAAGAAGGAGCUCUUGCAGGAGGGCAAUGAUCAGGACUUUGACAGCGAUGCUCUCCGGACAUACCAGCUGGACAGGCUACGAUACUACUAUGCUGUGGUGGUUUGCUCUGACAAGAACACGGCACACAAGAUUUACGACGCAACUGAUGGGAGUGAAUACCUCUCUUCUUCCAACUUCCUCGACCUCCGCUUCAUCCCUGACGAUGUCACCUUUGACGAUGAGCCCAGGGACGAGUGCGACAGCGUUCCACCUGGGUACAAGCCUGUCGAGUUUGUCACGGAUGCCCUCCAACAUUCCAAGGUCAAACUGACCUGGGAUAUGCACCCCGAGGAGGUUUCAAGAAAAGAGUCAAUCAAGAAAGCCUUCACUGGGAGCCGUGCAGACAUUGCAGAGAACGACCUGCGGGCGUACCUGGCAAGUGACAGCGAGAGCGAGGAGGAAGACGGUGCAAAUAUGGCUGCAGGGGAGAAUAAGGAUGGUGAGGAGGCGCCGCUCAGUAAAAAAGAGCUCGCAAGGCGCAAGAUGCGUGCAGCGCUAGGUCUCAACGAUGAGCCAGCCUCAAAACUGUCGAAGUCCGCGCCGGUUGGAGAAAUGCAAAUCACAUUCACCCCCGCUCUCUCAGGCAAACCAGAGAAGGAAGAGGCUGAAGAGACUACGAUUGAAAAGUACAAGCGAAAGGAGAAGGAGCGCAAAGAACGGAGGAAAGCCAAGGCUAUGGCCAAGAGGGGCGAAAUUGAUCCUGAUGCGGUUCAAGAGGAACACACAGAAGAGCCCGGCGACGAUCUUGGUUUUGAUGACCCUUUCUUUACCACAGAGCCGGUACCGCCGUCUAAGUCUGCGAUGCGGAAGGAGGAGCGACUGAAGAAGCGGGCAGCUAAGGAAAAGGAGGAAGCUGAGAACGCCGCCCAGAAGGCGCAGCUCGAGCUUCUCAUGGCUGACGAGAACGGGGGCGGCGCGCAUCUCGAACACUUCGACAUGAAGGAGAUCAUGCGUGCGGAGAAGCAAAGGAACAGGAAGAAGAAGAAGAAGGGCAAGGACGCCGCCGACGACCAUGGCGGCCUACAAGAAGAUUUCAAGUUGGACGUCGACGAUUCUCGGUUCAAGGCCGUGUUUGAGAACCACGAAUUCGCCAUUGACCCGUCGAAUCCCAAGUACAAAGCAACACAGGGCAUGAAGAAACUCUUGGAAGAAGGGAGGAAGAAGCGCAAGGCCGGCCCCGGCGACUCGCCCAACGGCAAGAAGGACGAAAGGAGCUCCAAGAAGGCGAAAGGGGUUGGGGAACUUGAGGAGCUUAGCAGCUUGGUGGAUGCGGUCAAGAAGAAGACAAAGGCGAAGAGGUAGCAGGACUUGUUUCAGGCCUCCUAAUUGGCACGUACAUUAGUACCUCGCAGUCCGUUCGCGUAGCGCCCCGAACCAUCGAGUGCCUCUCCUAAAUAACGAUGAGUUGACAAAGCCGCCGUGGCGUCAGAUAGACGUCAGCUA